CUGGCACAGGAAAAGAAGUGGAAGAGAUGCCCUCAUUGUAAUUACUUUGUUGAGAAGAUAUCAGGUUGCAAGACUAUCCACUGCAGGAAAGCAAAUAUUCGCAGGGCGUAAAAGGAGGAAUCAAUAUCCAUUCCAAUUGAAUCGUCAUCUGUAGUUUAUCGGAAACCUACAAACACCCACAAUCGGUGAUGAAGAGUGAAGACAGAAGAAAGAUCCUUAAAAGAACCUCAUGAAUAAUCCGAUUGAGCCUCUGGUUCUUGAAUAUGAUGGAUUCGUUUUCAGGCCACGAACAUGCGGCAGCACAAACGGCACCGCCGCCGCCGCCAUCUCAGCUGAUCACUUCACUGGAUUCAAAAGCUUCGAGCUUUCUCUCAAGGCCGCCACCACAUUCCCAGGAAAACCCUUUUCAAACCCUUCCGUAACGGAAUCUGGGCAGUCUUCAAAUUCUAAAAACGACGACGUCCCUCCGUUUGUUUGUUCGAUCUGCGUCGAACCCAAGACUGCAAAUGACUCGUUUAACAUAAAGGGUUGUCCUCAUUCUUACUGUAAAACCUGCAUCGCCAAAUACGUGGGCUCAAAGUUGCAAGAAAACAAUACUUCAAUCCCCUGCCCAGAAUCCAACUGUGGAGGAUUACUGGAGCCCGAGUACUGUCGAAGUAUUCUUCCUCAAGAUGUUUUUGAUCGGUGGGGAAAUGCGUUGUGUGACGCUGUGAUUCCCGAGGCUCAAAGAUUUUAUUGCCCGUACAGAGAUUGUUCGGCGCUGAUGAUUGACGAUGGGGGAGAGGUUAUAAGGAAAUCAAAGUGUGCGAAUUGUAGGAGAAAGUUUUGUGCGCAAUGUAAAGUUGCUUGGCAUAAGGGGCUUAAGUGCAGGAAGUUUCAAAAAUUGAAGAAGUAUGAGGGAAGCAAUGAAGACAUUAUGGUGAUGAAGCUGGCAGAGAAAAAGAAAUGGAAGAGAUGUCCUCAUUGUAAUUACUUUGUUGAGAAGAAAUCAGGUUGCGCGGCUAUCCAGUGCAGGUGUGGAGAUGCAUUCUGUUACAACUGCGGAACACCAAUAAUUCCUAAUACUCAUGGGUGCCCUAAGUGUUAUCAAACCGACCUUAUGUUGGAAUCACUAAUUUAAAGCUCGAAUCGAGUUGAUCAGAAACCAACAACAAAUCUAGUCUAGGUCAUGGUCAAAACUUGCCGUGUCGUGAAAUAGGAUUAAACUGUUAUAAUAACGUUAGUUUCAUUUCUUACAUUAAUAUUUGCAAAAGAUGAUAAUUAAAUCUAUAUUUUGAGACUA